AUGGCUAAUAUCAAAACUUUUUCAUCAAUUAUUAGAUUGGAUGAAGAAAUUGAUCGUCUUACGUUUCUUUGUGCGCGUAUUACUCAAAUAGCGUCAAAUAUUCGAUCAGUUCACUUGUCUACAGUUAAUUUAUCUGUUGAAAAUACUCAAUCACGUCUCGAUUCACUUUUGUCCAUGGCUGAACAUAUUGAAGGUUCAACUAUUUUACUUGAGUCAUUAUUAGCUAUGGAACAACAAAAUUACAUGUUGACUGAGUACAAGAAAUUGACAAGAAUUCACUAUACUCGCAAUCAUUUAUUACAAUUACGACGACGUGUUACAUCAACGUUAUCGAAGGAAAUUAAAAAUUUACUGAAACAAGUAGUUGAACGUGAAAGUAAUGAUUCGGUUGAAAUAGAAAGAAAGUCAUGGAGAGAUAUAAGAACUAUUUUAAUCUAA